GUAGCUCCUGUGAACCUAACCACACCUAUCCUCAAAAUCCAUGACAAUUUAAUCUUUUCUUGCAUGUGUUUAUCGUAUUGCCACACACCUGCCGAGCCUGUUCCACUCAUCCUUUGAUCAUGCUCUUUUGACAUCUGGAGGAGAUCCCUUCAUCCCUUUAUCAGAGUGCACUGCUGACACACCAUAUAUAAGCCAGUUCUGCUCAGGCCAGGACAGUGAUAAGACGGCUCAGUGCCAGGACCAGAGGGUGCUGCAGCAAACCAAGAGUUCACCAAAUUCACCAUCCAAAGGUGCCACACAGCCCACGCCACAAAGCACCUCCACCACCACCACACCAAGACAGACAUGGGGAAGCCAGAACCAAAGAAGGAAGGUCCAACCAAAGCCCAGAUAGAGUCGUGGACCAAAUCCAUCACUGAUCUCCUCGGGGACCCUGAGGGACGGGAAGCCAUCCUACAAUUCCUGAAGGAUAAGGAGAAUGAGAAGGACACGAACGUCAAGGAGAGAUAUGAAGGGAGUACCAGCUAUAUGAGUUUUUACAAUGAAAGUGAAGCUUACAAGUCUAUGUAUGUGAAAGCAAAAGAGAAGGCUCAUGAGAUCUACAAUAAACACAUAAAGGUGACCGCCGAAAAGAAAGUCGCCACAGGGGAGAGUGAGACAAUUAAGAAAAGGUUGGACGAGGGUCUGAAGGACGAGGGCCUGUUUGACAAGGCUCAGGACAAUGUUAAAAAAAUAAUGGAGGACAGACUUUGGUACAGUGGUUUCUGUGAAUAUUUGAAUAAUCUAAAAAUAAAAAAAAUAAGUAAUAAAAAAUAAGUGCCAGUUCUCUAUAUCGUCACCUUCGUAAACAAACCGCCUAAGUCAUUAUUUUCUACUUUACAGGUAAUCAUAAAAGAAGUGUCAUUAUCUCAUUUGGCUUAAGAUUUAGGCAGGAAUGAAAAGGCCAAUUCUAGAACACUCAAACCCUGAAUGACCAAGGCAACUAUACAGAAAUGGGCGUCACAUGUUGAAAAAUUAAUGUACACAAAAACCUGGAAAUCACUGAAAAAUGACUUAGGCGAUUAUUUUAUGAGGGUGACGAUAUUCCAGUCUCCAUAAGCAUCAUAAACAUUACAGUAUAUGCAAUGUUCAUUUAAUCUUUUGUUGAUCUGCACCACUUGAAUGGGAAGCACUUUUACACUGAUCAGACUCUGGUGGUGGCCUUCAGUGUGCCAUCUUACAUGUAAAUUGGAAAGUUUUGUUUAGUCGGCGCAACAUCUGUGGUCAUAUGCCGGAAAGAGACAGAAGGGGAAGGAAUUAUAGAAGGAAACAGAUCCCAGGAGACGGGACACAACCCCCGAUUAAAACCUGGUACCCAUUCACUGCUGGGUGGACAGGGGCAUAGGGUAUCGGAAAAGCUGCCCAAAUUUUUCCACUCUGCUCGGGAAUCGAACCCGGGCUCUCUCGGUUGUGAGCCGAGUGUGCUAACCACUGCACCACGAAGGCCCCCCCCCCCCCUCUUACAUGCGCUCUGCAGCCUUUGGAGGAAGGAUAUGUCUCGUUGCUGCACCAGUCACUGCACAGCUGGGUGUUGUGUCACAUGGCCAGCACCGUGCCUUUGACAGUGCUUGGUUUGCAGUAAACUUAUGUACCAGAUGACUACUAAUAAAACUUCACUCUAGAA